AUGGGCAGCAGGGCAGGGCAGAGGCAGGAGAGAGCUAGCCAGGGGCAGGGCAGGGAGGGCAGCAGGCAGGGAGGGACAGGCAGCAGCAGCAGCAAGCAGCGGCAGAGGGGAGUCAGGCAGAAGCACAGGGGGCUAACUCGGGCGGGCAGGCAUGCAGAGCAGGGGCAGCAGGAGGCAAGGUGGGCAGGCAGGGGGGCAGCAGGGCAGGGGCAUGGGCAGACAGGGGCAGCAGCAGCAGCAGCAUGGGGUAAUCAGCAAGCCAGCAGGGGGGCCGGCAGGAGCAGGGGCAGCAGCUAG